GCUGUUCCAGGACGGAGGGAGGUCACCGCUCCAAUGACCGAGGCAGUGGCUCCCUCUGCUGGAGGACUCGUGGACCUCCUUCCUCGGGCAGGUGCGUAAAAGCAGAAAAGCGACGCAGCGUCCGAGAGCAGGCGUCUUUAAAACUAAGUGUUUCAGGAGUCGUGGAUUAAAUCGCCCGGAUCUAUGGAUGAUGUCACAAAUUCAAAGCGUGGAUCGUUGCAUGGCACUUUACCUGAGCCAACGCAUCCUCACAGAUACACGCGUACAGGCAAUCGCUGGUUUGUAGUUUUAACAAAACAACGCCGUCAAAAGGUGGAUGAGUCAGAAGUUGUCGCCAAAAAUAAGAGCUUUGGGAUAAACACACAGAGGUGGAUGUGGCCCUUCCGCUGCAGCAAACCCGCACAUGUGCUUUGGGGGCGAGCUUCUUUUUUUACGCAAUGGAUGCGAGCAGGAGUGGCGCUGGUGGGGGGCUUUAAAUAGCACCCGACUCCGAACUUCAGGACAACGCAGCAUCUGAAAACUUCCAGAACGGCGCACAUUUGCUCCAGGAUGGACGUCAACAGAAGAUUGGGGCUGAGGGACACCGUGCUGGCGCUCUUCCUCGCUGUCCUGCCGGGGCUUCCCACCGGGGAAACGGCCCCGGACCCGUCUCCACUGGUUGGGUCCAACUGGGGGAACCCGAGAAGAUACGUUCACCUGCAGACAUCCACGGACCUCCACAACUUCUACUUGGAGAUCAGAUUAGAUGGCACUGUGCGUAAAACCACGGCCAGGAGCUCAUACAGUGUGAUUUUGCUGAGAGCUGAAACAAGGGAACGCAUUGCCAUUCUGGGGGUGAAGAGCAGCCGCUACCUGUGCAUGGAUCUGGAGGGAAAUCCAUUCAGUUCGCCCAUCUGCCUCAGAGACGACUGUCUGUUCAACCACAAGCUUCUGGAGAACAAUCGGGACGUGUUCUACUCUACCCGGACCGGUAUCCUGUUCAACCUGGAGGGCUCCAGGCAGGUGUUCACAGCGGGCCAGAACCUGCCGCAGACCUCCCUCUUCCUGCCCGAGAAGAACACGGUGCCGCUGGAGCGUCUCCUGCUGCACAGGGAGAAGCGGAACCAGCUGAUCGACCCAUCCGACCCGCACAGCGUCUACCAGCGGCCAGCAGAGGAGGCCUCAGACUCCCAGGCCGUGCAGGAGGACGACGCCGACGUGGAGGUAGAGCUGGAGGCUGUGGACGACGGGCAAAACGCGUCCCGGGAGACGCCGCUGGCUCCGUCUCUCCACGACCCCUGGAACGCGCACUCUGCGCCCAACCCGGCCAGUCCCCGGGGCGCCGGGACCAUGGGUUAACAUUGGUCCGACACUAACCUUGUACUUUAAACCUCCAACUUCACACUUGUAUUUAAAAAAAAAACGAGCAAUGAGGUUGUUUUUUCUCUUUCACACUGACUAUUUUCAGUCAUUCCUUGAUAAAAGCGGUGCGUUUAUACAUUGAAUGGACUCAAUAUUGGACAAAUUAUAACAUCUCCUGCUUCCAGCUCACUGCAGAUUCUAACGGCAAAUCUAUAUUUUCAUAUGCAUAAGCAGGUCAUAUACACACUAAUCUGGACACUAGGACUUGGUGUAUAAUUCAAAGAUCACUAAUACCACGUGUUGUGGUAAUGAUUCCAUGACUAUUACUGGCAAGAAGCCAGUUCAUGACUUGAAGAAAUAGAACAGUCGCCAAGCAGGGAUCUCCUUAGAAAAUUGUAACACUUGCUAAGUGAUUUUCCAGGUGCUGGCCACCACCAGCAAACAUGAAACCCAGUCCCAAAGAGUAUUUAUUUAUUUAAGUCCAUGCAUUUAUUGUUAUUUAUGGUAUUUAUAACGAUGCUUUAUUAUUAAGUGUACAAAACACGGUUUGUCUUUGAAUGUAUGACUUUAAGUGAAUGGAGUGUUGCUUGAAUUUUGGACAAUAAACUGAACU